CAAUUUUUCUUAUUAAUAACUGAAAAAAUGGGAAAAGACCACAGGAACUGGUGAAACUGACCAGAUUUGCGGGCGCUGUUGUCUGAUUCACGGGUGGCUUCUGCUAAAUUUUUCAGUUAGGAUAUUCAUGAGGUUGCCUCCCAUGUCCCCCUAGUUUCUAUAUUUAUAUAAUAAUGUAAUAAGAAAUUUGAAGGCCUUAGUCAACUCCUUGUUAUGUAUACUCCAUUUUUUGGCCUUGCAUGUGAUACUUAUCGAAUGUUCAAUCACCUCUAUAAAUAUCAUGUAUAAAUACUCAGCACUGUAAGAAUGGGUAGCUCUUCCAGUAAAGAUGUGGUUGAAGAAGCAAGGCAACAGAAGCUUGACGUGUCUCAUCAACUUUCCCCUCUGCAAUACAAAAAGCACACUGAUGGUGAAUGUCUGGAAGGAUGUCUCCUGGAACUUCCAUGGGAGAUGUGCUACAAUACUAUUUCUCUCUACCAGAUAGUUGAUGCCAGCUUCAAUUUCAUUGGCUCAAUUCCAUCGGAGCUUUCAUUACAUGUUCCUCAUUUGCGUCAUCUGGACUUGUCCCACAACCAGUUGACUGCCUUGCCCCCCACAUUCCAGCUACUGCUGCACUUGCGCACACUGUACCUCUCACACAACCGAUUCAAACAGUUCCCAGGAGUUGCUGUGUUCAAGCUUCCUCACCUCCACACACUUGACAUUUCUCAUAAUCACCUUAAAGAGCUACCUCAGCAGGGCUGGCAACAACUUUCAGAGCUAGAGCGUCUUAAUCUGAGCCACAAUGAGCUGCAUUUACUGCCUAACUCGCUGGCUCUCUGCGAUCGUCUCUCAGUUUUGGUUGUCAAGAACAAUCCUCUGAUGCAUCCUCCAGCACACGUGUGCGCUGAGGGCAGCAGUGCAAUACUCGGGCAUCUUUGGAGUCAUUUGCCGUCUCCCAAGCUACCUUCCAGUUGUCGGGUGCGUGGCGACAACAUGUCUGCGUCUGUCAACAACCCUGAGAGCGCCUGGAGACAGUACCAGCAGGGCAGCUACACCGGGCCUGGCAACAAGCGCAAGUGUCCUCUCAUGCCUCCCAGAGACGCUGCUACGCUCCCGCCUCAUAAGAUAACUCAGGCACUCAUGGGCCUAGUGUACGGAGCGGUGGCGGCAGAAGCAGUGGGCCUGUCCUGUUCGACUCUCACGACGCUGGAGACUGUGCUGCGGUGGGGCGGCGUCGUGGAUGAGCUGGAGUGGGCAGCUCAAGCCCACCAGUGGACCGUGCAGGGCAUCCCUGAACUUGACGACCGUCCGGGCGCCCCCAUCUCUCCCCUCCUCGCCGCUGUGUGUCGUAUGUCAUCUAGACAUUAUUCAAUUCAUUUGUUACAGGGCCGUUUUGAAGGCAAGUUGACCAAUACAGCUGCGAUUGAGGAAAUCUUGGACGACCUCUUCAGAACGGCUGUGCUGUCGAUGCCCGAGAGUCUUGAGAAGGCAACACUGACGAAGCUUUGGACUGGAGACUUGGCCCCAAGGGAGGCUAACUUACCGUCGUCCCACGUGGCUCUGACGCUCGCGUACCUCAAGCAAGCCUUACUGAGUUACUGUGCAGCGGUCUUUGGCCAAGAUUCCUCUCUGGACAUCCAGCGUAAUGAAGUCAAUGUUAACGUGCCUUAUGAUACUGGUAGCGAAGAUAGAAAGUAUACCGGGAGUAAGGGAGUCAGUAGGAUGCUCUCGGAUAGUGUAUUGAGCAUUGCAUCUAAAUCGGCAACCAGCGAAGCCGCUGAAAAAACCCGCAGCAGGAGUCUUGUUAGUAGCCCUGUUGAAAUUCGUAUCAAUGACGAGGUCGCUUCUGGGAUGUCAUCAGACGUUCAUGUCUUGGAUGAAGUAGGCCUCCAUAAAAAUGACAAAGAAGAAUCAACGAUGUAUUUACCGAACAGUUCUUCUGAAAGUCCGGCAUUAACAGCCUCUUCCGCUGACGCUGCCAAGGUGUUCAAGAACGUUGUGAGUGAGAUGUGCAUGGAGGGAGGCUGGGGUGUGUGUGCUCAGGCCUGUGUCGUGGGAGGAGUGUUGGGUGCCUUUGGGGGGUACGACGCUCUGCCCACUGACUGGCUCAAGAAAUUCCCUGCCUCCAACAAGCGUUACCUCAAUGCAAGGGUUAACUUCCUACUUGAUUUGUUUGGACUACCUUAGGAAUAAAGUCAAGAUGUUACUAGGCUGUCGAAAAUUAUGAAAUUACCUAAGUUUAGUUUGACCAUCUGGAAGCAUUAAAUUUUGCAGUGUUUACUAUUAUUAUUGUUGUGAUAAUUAUUUCUGUUAUAUAAUUAAAAGUUUUUGCUGCAAGUGAUGGGCGCGUGUUACUUGUUAAUAAUUUGUCGAUUUUGUAUUUUGAUUAAAUGCUGAUAUGAAUGCGUGUUCAAUUUUGUAAAUCUUUUACUUCAUUUAUAUAAUAUCUGUUUUUUGUAAUGUCUAGUUCUCAAUAUCACAUUCCUUCUAUUUUUAUUGUUUUUAGCUUUUACAUUCCUUUGUUUAAGAUCUGUGGUAUUUUGAAGAUCUGGGCCUGUUUUGUAUAGCUAAUUAAAGAGACUUUAUACGCAAAUAUUUAUUUGUUUUUACCAAUUAAUGAAUCUAUUCAACUUAAAUGUUGUUUUGGGAUUUUAUUAUUCAAUAGUUAUUAAAAAACAAGCUAGCAAUGCGUGAAAUGUCUGCAUAUUCUAAAUAAUUGAGUAUAUAAUUUGUUCUUCCAUCACCGCAUUGCCGACA